AUGGGGAAAAUUAAGAAAAAAGGUGAAUCGGGUAUUGCCACUAACUACAUUACCAGAAAUCGAGCUGUAAAAAAGCUACAAUUGUCACUUGCUGAUUUUAGGCGACUAUGUAUUCUUAAAGGAAUUUAUCCUAGAGAACCUAAAAAUAAAAAGAAAGCCAAUAGAGGAUCAACAGCACCUACUACAUUUUAUUAUACUAAAGAUAUACAAUAUCUUGCACAUGAGCCCAUUCUUAGAAAACUUAGAGAAAAUAAAAUUUUUCUAAGAAAGUUAAGUAAAGCUUUAGGAAAACGUCAAUUCAGCGUUGCAAAUAAUUUAGAAAAAAACAGACCUGUUUAUACUUUAGAUCAUAUUAUCAAAGAAAGAUAUCCAACAUUCACUGAUGCUUUAAGAGAUCUUGAUGAUGCGCUUUGUAUGAUAUUUUUAUUUGGUACCUAUCCUGCUACUGACAAAAUCAAAGUAGAAAUUGUUAGAAAUUGUCAACGUUUAUGCUCAGAAUUUCAACAGUAUGUAAUAAAAAGCAAAUGUCUUCGUAAAGUUUUUCUUUCAAUCAAAGGGAUUUAUUAUCAAGUAGAAAUUAAAGGACAAACCAUAACUUGGUUGGUUCCUUACCAAUUUAGUCAACGAGUCCCGGAUGAUGUUGAUUUUCGUGUUAUGUUGACAUUUUUAGAGUUUUAUCAGACUUUGGUUAGUUUUGUUAAUUUCAAAUUAUAUUCAGAUGCAAAUUCAGUUUAUCCACCAAAAAUAGAUCUUUUAAAAGAUGAAGAAGAUAUUACUACUAAUGAAGAAAUUGAGACAUUGGAUGAGUUUGUAGAUCAAACCAAAACCAAUUCCAAUUUUCAAAAAGAGAAGAAUGAUGAUGAUACCAAAGUAUUCACAUAUCAAACAGUUUCAGCAGCUAUUACAGAACUACAACAACUUUUUUCCAAAUGUGUAUUCUAUUUAUCUCGUGAAGUACCAAAAUAUUCAUUGGAAUUUAUAAUUAAAGCUUUUGGUGGAAAAGUUGGUUGGGAUAGUAGUAUGGGUAUGGGCUCACCAUAUGAGGAAAAUUAUGAACGUAUCACACAUCAAAUUGUUGAUCGACCAUCUGUUGACAAUUGUUAUCCAACACGUGUAUAUGUUCAACCUCAAUGGAUUUAUGAUUGUAUAAAUUCAAAGAAAUUGUUAAUAUGUGAAAAAUACGCUAUUGGUAAAACACUCCCACCACAUUUAUCACCUUUUGUGGAGUAUAAAGAAGGCGAUUAUAUUCCAGCAGACAAUGAUGGUGAUAAUAAAUUUGAGGGAUCAGAUGAUGAAGAUAUGGUUCAUCAAUUGGAAUUAGAGGCAGAAGCAAAAGGAAUAUCAUUUUCUCAAUUCCAAGAACAAAAAAAUAAAAAUCCAGUAACAUCUAAAAAAGCAAAAUCUUCUCAAAUUGAAAAGGCAACAACUACAACAAAAUUAGCAGGAAAAAAACGACCAAUUAAAGAAAUUGAGGAACAACAAGAAAUUAAAGAAUUGGCAAAGAUCAUGAUGUCAAAGAAACAGAAAAGUUUAUAUUCUAAAAUACAGUAUGGAAAAAGAAAACAAGAAGAAAAAGUUGCAAAUUUGAAAUCAAAGAAACAAGAAAUUGUUUUACAACAAAAAAAUUCAAAAAAUUUAAAAAAUUCAAAAAAUAAAAAACAAAAAUGA